GAGUGUUAUGUUGGUUGCCUAUUAAAUAGCAACCAGCAACAUCGCAGUGAACAACACUACUAAAAGUUGCAUACAACUCAAAUAUUUUAAAACAUGUCUGUAAAAUAGCUUUUUUAAUCAAAGCAUAUAUUAUUUCGACAUCAUUCGGUGGAUUGGAACUUCAAGUCCCCACUUUGCAUUCAUUCACACACAUACACCCACUCUGUAACAUAUGUUGCUUGUUUUGCAACAGUAAUCAAUUUUACCACACAGUUAUCAGAUAUGUAUCUAAUUCCCGAACCGCAAGAUAAUAAGUAAUCGUAUCAUGAGUUGAUUGUAUCGCUUGCGCUUAUCAAUGAUGCAAAUGCGACUCGUCGCUUUGUCAACUCUCGCAGCAUGCAUCAGCUUGGCGGUAUUGUCGCAGAGAUGCCUAACAUUCACUCUGCUGAUGAUCCUAACAACCACUGCAGUUGUUCUGGGUGUCUUCUGUGUCAUCUGGGUGUACAUUAUGCUCUCUCUGAAUCAUCGCACUGGUACUGGCAUUGAACAUGUGCAGAAAGAUAUUGGUACUUUUCAUACAAAAUUGAUGCAUGGAUAUGACUUAUCACCGAAAGCCACCAGUGAUCACUUACCAGUCAUUCUGGGGAGGACUAUUGAUCAUUUACUGCAGCAGAUUAUUGAUUUUUUUAUAAGGGAUUUUAUAGAGUUUUAUUUCAGGCAGUAUGCUUUCAAGCCUACAAAUCUAUCAGACAAUAUUAAGGAGGACAUUUGGGGUGCUAUACAUAACAUUUACGAUCGUCUUUCACGAGUAGAUCACGUUUCGUUACUGGCUUGUGACAUGGUGAACAAAAUCACGACGCAUUUUGCUAAAAUCAGGGACGCCAAGGAGACUGGGACUGAAUUGAUGAAACCAACAUUCAAAUUACCUCCGCAUGUGCUAACAACCGAAAAGGAACUGGAUUAUCUUCGCCAAAUCUCCGAGAUGUUUGUAAUGUUCCUCUUACCGCGCAGCUACUCUCUGCCCCCCGCGAAAUAUUUUCUACGAGAGGUUCUCGCUUGCAAGGUCCUCAAUGAAGCGGUUGACAUUCUCUGCGAUCCGGAUUUCUUUAACCAGCAUGUCAUCACUUACAUUGAGUCCCAAAAAGUCGCUAAUCUAAUGCAUCGCAAAACUUUUGAAUACGCCAACACAUUCGAAGACUUUUUAAAGAUCAUACAGAAAACGGACGAUGUGGAAACCCUGAAAGGUUUCCGCUAUGAAAUAGUCAACAAAAUUAUGCACGCUACAACUUUACAGAAUAUGAAACGCGCAAAGGGAGUCGAUGCGGAUGCUGAGAAAUCAACAGGCAUAAACAAAACAGAACUUAAUGAAGCCAAAAAGUUAAAGAGAUUUAUUGAUCAAUUACAGUCAGCUAAAAAAGAAUGUGAAUGUAGACUCUUGUCUCUGGGUUGGGAUGGUGGAGUACAAUAUCAUGUGUUACCACUCACGCAGAUAUUAGAUCAUGUACUGGGCCGGAAGUACAUGACGAUGUUUUUAGAAACAAUGGCGAGUCAGGGUUUGGUCGGCUAUUGGAUGGCUGUGGAGGACUUGAAAGUCGCGCAGAGAAAAAACUGGCAUCAAGUUGGAGCUGAGAUAUUCUAUACGUAUAUACGCAACCCUCAAGGCGAGAUAAAGGUAGAUAAGAGUACUAGAAAACGUAUGGAAGCAUUUUUAUUGGGGGAUAAGGGACCUGAGGUGUUUUACGAGGUACAGAAGCAGGUUUGGCGCACACUCGAAGAGAAAUACUACCAACCGUUUGUACACAGUAAAUAUUACAACGAAAUGGUCACCGCCAUUGAUGCCGAUGAAGGUAUAACGGAAGUAGAUGGCGUUGGCGGUGGCAUGGAUGAGAGACAAAACUCCGGUGACAGUAAUACAAGUUCGGAGAGUAAUCAUGUUGGAGAACAUUCGAAUUAUUCACGUAGAAAGUUAAGCGAACUGCAGGAAAAGUUAAAUAAUAAAGCACAAGCAUUAACAGCGUUACAUACAUCACUCAAACCAGAAUCAAGAGUUUUGAAGAUGUUACAACAGGAAGUUGAAUGGUUGCAAGGUGAAAAGCGACAGUUAGAAGCACAUAUUUCCCGAACAGAGAUAUGGGGUGAAAAUUUAGGAAAAUGGCGGGCGAUUGUACAGAAUGCCGAGAUUGUGGAUGAUAAAGAGACGCCCACGUUUGUUAUAGUCGUCCAUAUGCAAUCGGACGAUGAAGAUGAAGAAGAGACGAGUUCCGGAUGGGUCGUUUCACGAUCACUCACGCAAUUUCAAGAACUACAUAGAAAAUUACGUCCACUGUGUGCGGAAGUCAAAGGACUUGAACUACCUUCACAAACAUUUAAGUUUUUGUUUGCUAAAUCUGAGAAAACCACUUUGGAUAAAGCCAAAUUGCAGAUACAGAAAUAUCUAGAGUUUAUCUUAGAAGACGACAGAUUGAAUCAAUGCGAAGCAAUUUAUUCAUUUCUGAGUCCCAGCUCGGAGCAUCUCAAACAAUCAGCACAAGCUCCGAAAAAGUCCAAAUUCUCAUUUUCCACCCUCUUUAAAUCCAACAGUGAUCAAAGCAGUAAUAGUUCGUUAAUUCAACGUGAGUCCGAAGAGGAUGACAUGUCGCAAUAUUUAGACGCGCCUGGCAGCGCGGAUUAUAACGAUUGCAAGAAUCAAAAUGGCCAUAAUCGAUCUUCGGAUGAAGGAAAGGACACAGUCGCCGAACCGUUAUACGCGCUAAUGGAUGAGAUCUUUGAUCAUAAAGGUUUUAAUAAGUAUCUAAGAAAAACAUUGAUUACUUUCGUUCAAAUUACGUAUGGAAGGACGAUCAAUCGGCAGAUUCAUGAUAUUAUCACGUGGUACUUUUCGGAGAAACAGUUGCAUUAUUAUCUGAGUCUGCUCACGAAAUCAUUCUGGCCGCAAGGGAUGCUAGCGCAGAAGGGUCCUGAACGCAGUGCAUUGGAGAAGAGUUUCACAGCAAAUGAAGCAAGAAAGAUGUUUGUUAGCAAUGUUCCCGAAAUAAUGGUAACUUUGGUCGGGCAGAACGCGGCGCGUAAUGGUGCUAAGAAAGUUUUCGAUAAUCUACAAAACAAGAAGAUGAACAAAUUAUUAUUUUAUGAACUUUUGGAAGUGUUUCUGAUCAAGACCUUUCCCGAAUUGAACAUUGAGAAGUAGGUGAAUGAUUUGAAGCAGGAGCCAAAGCUUGUUUAAGGUUAAGUAUUUAACAUUUCGCGGGAUAAAUCGAACCAAAGCGUUACGGUGCCAAUUUUGAUACGUAUAUUUUUAAAACUUUUGUAUUUUUUAUUUUCUAUAUCAGAAAGCUUUACAGGAACUUCUUUACAUUCCACAUGGCGUACCUAAUUUAAUUUAAUGGAAUCGUGUGCAGUCAAUUGCACGAUUUUGCCUAGUAUAUCCACUAGCGCUAUUUAAUGGUUAUGUUUUCUACUUACACUUAGUUUUCGGAAGUUCCGUUGUACCGAGCAGCUGUUACACUAAUUACUUGAUGUUGUAGACACACGUUUGUGUUCUUAGCCAGGUGAAUUAAUUAAUUAGAGAGCUAGAUACUAGGAUGAAACAAUAAGCAUAUUCAAACAAACACAUAAUCUCAAAAAUUAUAAUGACAAUUUUAAAACACAAAGAGACGUUGAUAUAUUGAUGAAAAUAAAAUUCUUUAUGCGAGUAA